CUGGACAGAGAAACAAUUACGCCCAACGGGACAAUCAUCUUAGUGCUAACUGCAGAGCCAGAGAUAAUUAUUACAAUCCGAAUAAACGUACUCGAUAUCAAUGACAAUAGUCCGACAUUCCCAUCCAAAUAUUUGAAUGUUUCGAUUGUAGAAUCAGCAGUUAUUGGCAGUCGGAGGCGUCUACAGUCGGCCAGUGAUCCGGAUUUUGCUGAAAAUGGCACCAUAGCAAGCUAUGUGAUUGAGGGUGAUGAAAAUACGUUCACUUUGAUUCGAUCAUCAAAUAGUACCGGAGGAGAUGUUCUGUUGCUGGAACUGCUCAGCAAACUUGAUCGUGAAACCAAGGAUUUGUAUAUUCUCAAUAUUUCAGCUUACGAUGGAGGCAGUCCUCCACGUUAUGGCUACUGUACGGUAUAUGUAAACGUAUUGGACGCAAACGACAAUGCACCGAUUUUCACUCAUUCACGAUAUGAUAUUCAACUGAAUGAAACGGUAACACCUGGUGCAAAACUGCUGCGUGUACGAGCCACGGAUGCCGAUAUCGGUGCAAACGGUCACAUAACCUAUCGGCUCAGGACGAAUCCUUUCGAGCAGUUCCUAAUCGAUCAAGAUACUGGAAUCAUUACUGUUAGGGUAAGCCGCAAAUGGGAACUUUGAAA